AUGAGGCGCCCCCGGCCCCGCCGCGGUGUUCCGGGUCCGAUGGCGGCUCCGCCGUGGGACCCGCUCCGCAACGACUCGCUGCCGCCCACGCUGACCCCGGCUGUGCCGCCCUACGUGAAGCUCGGCCUCACCGUCGUCUACACCGCGUUCUACUCGCUGCUCUUCGUGUUCAUCUACGCGCAGCUCUGGCUGGUGCUGCGCUACGGCCACAAGCGGCUGAGCUACCAGAGCGUCUUCCUCUUCCUCUGCCUCCUCUGGGCCUCCCUGCGGACCGUCCUCUUCUCCUUCUACUUCAGGGACUUCGUGGCGGCCAACGCGCUCGGCCCCUUCGUUUUCUGGCUGCUCUACUGCUUCCCCGUGUGCCUGCAGUUCUUCACACUCACGCUCAUGAACCUCUACUUCACGCAGGUGAUUUUCAAAGCCAAGUCAAAAUAUUCUCCAGAAUUACUCAAAUACCGGCUGCCCCUCUACCUGGCCUCGCUCUUCAUCAGCCUCAUUUUCCUGUUGGUGAAUCUGACCUGCGCGGUGCUGGUGAAGACAGGCGGCUGGGAGAGGAAGGUCAUCGUCUCGGUGCGCGUGGCCAUCAACGACACGCUCUUCGUGCUGUGUGCCGUCUCCCUCUCCGUCUGUCUCUACAAAAUCUCGAAGAUGUCCUUGGCCAACAUUUACUUGGAGUCAAAGGGCUCCUCUGUGUGUCAAGUGACAGCCAUCGGAGUGACCGUCAUCCUUCUCUACACCUCCCGAGCCUGCUACAACCUGUUCAUCCUGUCGUUCUCCCAGAGCAAGAAUGUCCGUUCCUUUGAUUAUGACUGGUACAAUGUCUCAGACCAGGCGGAUCUGAAGAACCAGCUGGGAGAUGCCGGAUACGUGGUGUUCGGGGUGGUCCUCUUCGUGUGGGAGCUCUUACCCACCACCUUAGUUGUUUACUUCUUCCGAGUCAGAAACCCUGCGAAGGACCUUAGCAACCCUGGAAUGGUCCCCAGCCAUGGAUUCAGUCCCAGAUCUUACUUCUUUGACAACCCUCGAAGAUACGAUAGUGAUGAUGACCUUGCCUGGAACAUUGCCCCUCAGGGACUUCAGGGAAGUUUUGCUCCAGACUACUAUGACUGGGGACAACAAACUAACAGCUUCCUGGCACCAGUGGGAACUUUCCAACCAGACCCAGUUUUGGAUCCUGACAAACCAAGCCAUGGGUAGUAUCAGUCAACAAUUCUGUGGAAGAUUCCUCAAGUGAAGACCUUCAAAGAGAUUAACUUCAUGACCGCUGAAUUUUUCUAAGGCACUUUUCCUUAAGAAAUAGGACUUGGUUUUUGUUACAGGUUUCUAAUGGCUCCGUAGGACUAAGCAAUAAUUUAGAUUGAUAAAAUCUUAUUUUAGUACUAAAAAGUGAGCCUGGCUGCCUAUUUCAGUGGGUAUAAUUUAAACUUCUAAAAAAACUGUACUUUUAUAAAGAUGUAUUUUACAUAACUUAAAUAAUAAUGCUAAAAUAUAUACUAGGAUUUUUUGAGAAUGUUAUUGCAAUAUAUGUUUGUAGUUUGCACGGACUUUUAUGCAUAAUCCACUUUAAAAGUCCACAGUACAUGGUCUGAUGGUUGUUUCAGGCUUUCGGACUAACGUAUCUUCAGAUCCUUACCUCUUCAGGCCUUGCAGGGGCUGAGCCGGGUAGAUUCGAAACCCAGCUGACAUCUAGAAAGCCAGUUUCGACUCCAGUGUUAAGUUAUACUGUAGCAGAUUAUCAACAGACUACAGACAAGGUAAUUGGCUCCUUCCUUCGAGUUCUUUAAGGUCCAGACGGUUGUUGUCUCAAAGAAUCUAAAUUUUGACAAAAAUGUGGUACUCCUUUGAGCAGGGCCCUAAUGUGUACCCUUCAGCCAUAAGUGGAUCCCUUAGAAGCAGAGACAGAGCUGACCCACACUGCUAAGCCUUCUCUGCCAUAUUCAGAACCUUUGCCUAGUUUUUCCGCCCAGGGAAAUCUAGGCUCUGUUACCUCAGUCCUUCCCACAACGGCACCUUUCCCAAAUCACGGACCGUUCAUUCCAGUCCAGAAACGGAGGAGAGGUUCUCCGCCCUCCAUCCAGCAGGCUGUAUGCAGUCCUCAGUCUUCCUGCACUUUCCCACUGUAUUUAAAAUAACGGCCUGCAUUUCUAAGUAGCUCUGAAAUCAGGCUACUGGCAAUAGCAGCUUUAAAACGGGAGUUGCUCCCUGGUACGCAGGAGCACGAUUCCUGUCCCUUGGCCACGUGAAGAGGCACGUUCCAGACGACGGCUUCAAUGAACUCAGCUGGGACUCCAGCCACGGUGCAAGUCUAAAACCUCCAAGAUCUAUCCAGGUACCACUGCCUACGAUGGGAAACUGUGUCAAGGAGGUUAAAUGCUCGGAUUUUCUGUAAAACAGAAGGUACUGGAGGAAGGAUGGUUACCAGAGAGACGUGAUCUGCUCUGCCUAGGAAAUCUCACCUCUCGGGACAGGAGGAGGAGAAGCAGAUGGACAGACAGUUAUGCUCUGCCUUCAGGAUGAAACCCAUCGCCAGUAUCUCUUAUUUCUCAUUAUGGUCUUCAGAAAGGAUUUCUCUCUGGGCAUUGAUUUCACAGAGAUCAAGUCUACUUCUCUUGAUGGUGAUUAAAAUUGCCAUCUCAAGUUGUAAAAAAUGGCUUGUGACUGGGUUUUUCAUUUGUUCAGAAUGCCUUUAUCCUGCAUCAUCCAACAUAGUGUUCUUGCCUUUCAGUAUAUGGAAGAAUUGGGGUCACGUGUCACUGAAAAUAGUGACUGUCAGAGCAAAUUCUAGACUGAAGCAAAAUUUGCACUGAUCAUUUGGGUUGCCUUAAAAUAUUGUAAGUUGUUAUUAUUCUAAAUAGCUUUAAGAACACCCUACUUGUCAUGCUGUCUUUGUUACUAAUACUUAGAAUUUAAAGGCAGACCAAGCAUAGACUUAAAAACUUUCAGUCAUGCUUUCAGAAAGUACUUCAAUUAGGUCAUUCAAGGGUAGGUAUAUUUUAAAAAAUACAGUAAUUAAAAAAUCACUAAAAUCAUCCAAUUAUUACACUCAUGCUGUAUCAACACAUUAUCCUGUUAUUACUGGCAGGAAAGUCGCAAUAACCAGCAUUAAGUGAUAAAAGCCAUAAUCUAUUUUUAUGAUAAAGCUGCUACUAUUUGAACUAUUUUCUUAUUGGAAAGGAUAAAAAUGUUCUAAGAGCUUAUUUUUCUCUUUCCCUUUUUAAAAAGUUUUGCUUAAACACAGUAUUGUAAACACAUCUAGAAUAUUAAUAGGAUUGUAUUAAUCUUUUUCUCAUAGUAAAUGACCAUAUGUACCCUGUGAAACAUUAUAGGUAUGGUAGGUAUGAAAAGGGAAAUUAAAAUUUCUUCAGUUUCCUAAUUGUGUUACGGUGUUAAAUAGGUUCACUAACAAAACUUCUCCUUAAUGUGAAAUAUUAAAGGCCCAAAGAAGGCAAAGAACAGAGAUUACUGGUUGUAAAACACCGAAAAUGUCCUUUUUUUUUUUUAAUUUAUUUGACAGAGAAUAC